AUGUACAUCGAGCUAAGCUCAAAGGUGAAAUGCUGUGAGGUUUUCUACGAAGCUCUAAAUGCUCCCGCUUUGUGCGUCAAACCUCAGAGCGUGCUGGCUCUCUUUGGGUCAGGGUUCACAACAGGCAUCUCUGUGGGCCUAGGCCACGACCUCACAGAAAUCAACCCAGUUUACGCUGGAGGCUCAAUCAGCUACGCCAACAUGCUAACUAAUAUAGCUGGCAACGAAAUAACCAACUUCAUAAAGAACUCUUUUAGAAGGCGAGGCAUCAGACUUGGUAAGCAAUUAGAUGACGUACUCCAAGAUAUUAAACGCAAUUACGUAUACGUCACCGAGAAUUGUGCAGUCAAGAAACAGGAUUAUAAGAAGUCGUUUAAGUUACCCGAUGGUAAAACAAUUGACGUUAGUGAUGAGUCUUUUAUGGCUGGUGAGAUGUACUUCCAACCAGAGCUGGUGCUUGGUAAGAAACUAACAUCAGAUGUUAUACCCGUUCAAGAAGCUAUAGUGACUUCGAUAUUGAAAUGCGAUUCGGAAUUGCAGCCCGAAAUGUACGAUGCUAUUGUCACGUACGGGGGUAUGGCGACCAUGCCGGGUUUGAACAAGCGGUUGGCUCGAGAACUCGAGGCUAUAAUAAAUAGGCCUGUGAAUGUGAUUCCUACGUCUGAAGCUUAUGCUGUAGCUUGGUUGGGGGGUGCGGUGUUUGCAGGAAUGGCUGGCGCUAAGAGACUUUGGGUGACUAAGAAGCAGUUUGAAGACCAAGGAGAGAGAAUUGUGAAGAACAGGUUCUGAUUAAGUGUUACUAGAAAAGUGUUAUGAUAUAGCAUUUAGUUAGUAAACAGUUUAAGUCGUUAUUUUAAUUUUUUUUUAUAUUAUGAAGAACGUUGAAAAAU